GAAAGUCCGGUGUUGUAACGUCUUUUCCGGUGUCGAAGGUCACUUUUCCGGUGAAGAUGGCGGCGCCGGACGAGUUGUUUUGCUGGGAAGGAGACUGGGGUUUACCGUCCGUCAAUACCGACUGUCUGGUGGUUCUGGCCUACGCCCAGUUUGCAGGAGCUCCACUGAAACUUCACAAGAUCUCCAACCCCUGGAGGAGUCCCAGUGGUUCUCUGCCUGCUCUGAGGACAAAUCAAAAAGAGACCAUAUCCAGACCCUCUGACAUCAUCAUCCACCUUAGAAAACAGAAGUACAACGCAGACUAUGACCUGUCAGCGAAGGAAGGUGCUGACAGCCUGGCUUUCAUCUCUCUGAUGGAGGAGAAGCUGAUGCCAGCUCUGAUCUACGCCUUCUGGGUCGAACCUAAGAACUAUGUGGAGGUGACUCGUCGCUGGUACGCCGAGCACAUGCCCUUCCCCCUCAAUUUCUUCCUACCAGGUCGGAUGCAGAGCAGACAGCUGGAAAAACUGCGACUGCUGCGAGGAGACGAGAGUCUGGAGGCUGGAGACGAGCUGGAGAAGGAGUUGUAUCGUGAAGCUGUAGAGUGUAUGAACCUGCUGUCCCAGCGCCUUGGAUCACACAAGUUCUUUUUCGGAGACUCGCCUUCUUCUCUGGACGCCUAUGUAUUCGGUCACUUGGCUCCCAUCCUGAAGUCCAAGCUACCCAAUGGGAAACUGCAGCAGCAUCUGAAGUCUCUGGACAACCUGAACAACUUCUGCACCAACAUUCUGCUGCUCUACUUCCCCCGAGACGGACGAGAGACCACCAACCAGAAGCCGUCGACACAGUCUGAAGGCGCAGACUUUGACAAUGUCCCCAACAAGCGGAAAAAACAGUUCCUGUCAGCUCUGGUGGCUCUGGGCGCCAUGCUGAGCUAUGCUCUGCUGACCGGUAUGGUGUCCAUCCAGCACGUCCACCAGGAAGCACUGGAGGAGCCACCUGACCUGCAGGACCUUGAAUCCCACCACCAUGAGGAUGAGGGCGAUGACUGAGGUCAGAGGUCACCACAAGGACUAUGAAUGAGUUCCAUUUGACCAAAGAAAGAAGGAAAAGACACGGGCGUGGAUCGAUGUGGCGUGUGGACAAGAGGAAGAUGUGGUUUUAUCAGCAGUUUUGGUUCAAACCUCACACUUUACAGAUACAUUAUUGGCUUUUUUCAGUGAAUUAAUGUUUUUUUUUUUUACACUGUAAUCUGUAAGUUUUUGUUAUCAUUCAUCUGAAAUCUAAAAUACUAAUAUAAAAUAAAAGUAGAAUAAA